AUGCUUCGUUCGGUUCGACCCGUCGGCCUCCUGCGGGCAGUUCACACGAAGUCGAAAGCCGACCCGGUCGACCUGAAAUUCUCGCCGCUGACGGCGGACGACUACGACGUCGCCUUCAACGCGUGCAACUAUGACUAUGCUGGCGCUGAGCCGAUGGCCAGGGCUCUCGGGCUCGGGCCCGACAAAACGGCCGGCUAUGUCGAUUACGUGGUCCGGGCGGCGAUCGCCGAUGGUUACAGCUUCAAGGCCACGGAUCUGAAGUCGGGGAAGCACGUCGGGUUCGCGCUGUGUUCUGUCGAGCCGACCACCAAGAAAAUCGACCAGGCCGCACUGCAUGAUGCUUUCCUGCCGUUGUUCAACAUCUACAGCAAGUGCAACGCGAUUUUUGAUGAGUGGAAUGCGGCCGAGGGGAAAUGGAAUAAGUGGCUGAGCUAUAACAUUGCCUGGAUCGCGCCAGACUACCGCGGCAACCACUCCCUCUCGCGCCACAUCAGCACCACCGGGCUUGAUGUCGCCAAGCUUAAACAAGAAGGCAUCGGCGGUAUGAAGGGCGUGAGCGUCACCAAGGCCGUCCUCAAGGUGGCCAAGCGCAACGGCUGGCAGGCUGUCGGCACCGUGCCUCGAGCAGAAUACAUCGUCCAUCGCGUCCCGCUCCCCAACGACGGCUUCAUGGCCACGACAAUCGUGAAGCCGCUUGAA